AUGCCGAUUCCAAUGCCUACAACUAUGUCGGAGCAGAUGGCCAAUUUAGGACUUACAGAUGGAGAGGGUCGGUUUAGAAAGGCAUCAAUAAGCCAUCACACAGAGGAGGAAACUAUAGUAUCGCCAGCCUCGCCGAGAGUACUACAAAUGCCAAACCAAAAGGAAUCUAGUAUAUGGGGAACAGGUGUGAAGUACAUCGGCAUGGGCAUCGGGAUACACAAUGGGGGUACCAGCAGGUCGCAUCGAAGACCUUCGAACAACCAGGCAUUCUAUGGUAUUCACAGGACGAAUUCAAUGUCGAACUCCUCGGAUACAGGACGUAGCCAGUCAGGCAGUUCUUCGAGAAAUAACUCGACGCAGACACUGGAUAGCCAGGAGAACGGCUCGCCGGCGCAUAGCCCUACGUAUUACGUUUCACAUACUGGGAGCAACGCUAGGGACAGGGAAAGGGAAAGAGACAAAGUACGAUUCGAUGAGAUUGCCCAUAUCAGUGGGAUGAGAAUACAGCCUUCCUUGAGUAGCAGAGGCUCAUCAGAUUCGCCUACAAAUUUAUCGGCAGACUUUGUACCGAACAGCCCACCAAUCGGUAGCGGUCUACCAUAUCAAGGAGCUGGGUCGAUGAGAAUACCGAGGCGACCUGUAUCAUCGACGGGUUCCGCAGGGUCGGCGUCGAAUACUGGACUCCAUCCACUGAUCACACCGAGUUAUCAGCCUUUGCCUCUAUACGAAUCUGGAUCUCGAUCACCGCGGGAGACCAGCCUACCCCGCCAGCGAGAUUCUUCAUACUCAGAUGGUUCGACGGGUCAAUCCUCAGAAUCGGGACGACCUAGUCACGGAUCGUCAAGUUACUUCAGAGAUUCUUCAGCUGGCCCCUCUUCGAGGACAUCCGACCCUGGUCCUUUCAACCCACCUCUGAGACGGGAUUCGGAUAUUACCACAAUCAUUAGCCCUCCUGGACAUCGAGGCUCAGAAUCUUCAUCAGUGGGCAGAUCUCAUCCGAUCGAUUUCCAUGAUUCGUUCGCACGAAUAUCACGAAAUAAUUCCUAUGCGAUUGCUCCUGAUGUAAACCUUCUUUCGAGUGAUCCCUUAGAAAAGAAAAUCGCAGCUAACAAGCCGCGCCAGCCUUAUCUGGAUCUUCCGUUCUCACCUGAUACAUUGGGUACUGACCUCUUGAUUCGUGGCCAAAGGCCCCCUUCGAUCGCCUCAAAAGAUAGCAAAGGCGAGGAAAAUCUCAAGCCUGGCGAGGCUCUUAUUUAUAACGGGUCUCCUGAAACCUCAAACACCGUCGAGGGACGAUACGAUCCAUCGGAAAUCCGCGUCUACAGAAACUCUAUCACAGAUGUCUACCGUUUUGUCACCACGGUACUAGGCAACCCUUCUGCUCCAAUCUCUCAUUCACAGCACUUCAGAUCCCGGGAAUUGGAAAUUAUCCCAGAAUAUGGUUACGACCCUCUCGCUCGCCCGGUACUCUGGCUCCGUGAGGUGGAGGACGUCAACAAAUCUCGCCGACCCCUCGAGAUCAUGCCAGAGAAAGAGAUCCCGGCCAUCCCAUCACUGAGAUUUCGAGACGUUCCACAAAUGCUUGACUUCCAAGCCGCUCUCUUGGGCGAGAUUUGUUAUCUUGAUAUUGAAACCGUCCGCUUCGUACGACUAAAGGGCGCAGCCAAAGAAACCAGACGAAUUGACAAUACCAGAGUUCAACUCUGGCACCCCGCCCCCAAUAAUAAACGCACGAUCGAUGAUUCUGCAUCUUUUGUAACCGUGGGAACCUCACGGACUCAUGCGAACCCGGAUAUCAUGCGACUCAAAUGGUCCAGAAUGAUGGUUUAUCUGGGAAGAUCGAACGAUUUUGUGACCGUGUUUAUCACGGAUGAUAUCACACUUCGUCAGUCGAAGAAAGGCAAUACCCUUGUUUUCGAACCAACAAAAUAUACCGGUCGGGCUUUGUUCAAAUCUCGAGAUGGUGUAAAAGCCAAAGUCGUGGGUGGGGGUCGAAAGAAGGGUGGUAUGAGGCUUGACAUGAAAGGUCUCGCCCCGGACGACGAAGAAAAUUUCCCAAUGUUCAAAACCUUCGAGAUCGAGUUUGAGGAUGCAGAGAGCCAAGUACGAUUCAUUUCCGUUUGGGACCAACUCAUCCAAGAACGAAGACGGAUGCGAGGUGUUAUUGAGAAGCGAAGACGACAGGCUGAAGACCGAUUCCUGCUUGGUGGUGGCGGGAAUUAA